AAGAGGGAGAGACAGCAGAGCUGAGAGGAACAGAGUGAGAGAACGAGCAGCUGAGCGCCGGCGACUCCUGCAGCCUCAGCCGCUCCGACAUGCACAUCCUCCAGUCGUACUGCGUCCUCCGGUCGGCGCUGUGGCUCAAUGGCCCAAAAAGGAAGAGGAAGAACAGCCAAUGUUCUGUGAAGAGUAUGACUGGGUACAUACCCAGCUACCUGGAAAAGGACGAGCCGUGUGUGGUGUGUGGAGACAAGGCCACGGGCUACCACUACCGCUGCAUCACCUGCGAGGGCUGCAAGGGUUUCUUUCGUAGGACCAUUCAGAAGAACCUCCACCCGACCUACUCCUGCAAGUACGAUGGCUGCUGCAUCAUCGACAAGAUCACCCGGAACCAGUGCCAGCUGUGCCGCUUCAAGAAGUGCAUCGCCGUGGGCAUGGCCAUGGACCUGGUGCUGGACGAGUCCAAGCGGGUGGCCAAGCGGCGCCUCAUCGAGGAGAACCGGGAGCGGCGCAAGAAGGAGGAGAUGGUGAAAUCCCUCCAGACCCGUCCAGAGCCCACCGGGUCCGAGUGGGACCUGAUCCGCCUGGUGACGGAGGCCCACCGGCACACCAACGCUCAGGGCUCCCAGUGGAAACAGAAGCGCAAAUUCCUGCCAGAAAAGAUCGGCCAGUCUCCCGUCGCCCCGACGUCGGACGGAGACAAGGUGGACCUGGAGGCCUUCAGCGAGUUCACCAAGAUCAUCACUCCUGCCAUCACCCGCGUCGUCGACUUUGCCAAAAAACUGCCCAUGUUCUCGGAGCUGCCUUGUGAAGACCAGAUCAUCCUGCUGAAGGGCUGCUGCAUGGAGAUCAUGUCGCUGCGAGCCGCCAUGCGCUACGACCCCGACAGCGAGACGCUGACGCUCAGCGGAGAGAUGGCCGUCAAGCGCGAGCAGCUGAAGAACGGCGGGCUGGGCGUGGUCUCCGACGCCAUCUUCGACCUGGGCAAGAGCCUGGCGCAGUUCAACCUGGACGACACGGAGGUGGCGCUGCUGCAGGCCGUGCUGCUCAUGAGCUCAGACCGCUCGGGCCUGACCUGUGUGGAGAAGAUCGAGCAGUGCCAGGAGACGUACCUGCUGGCGUUCGAACACUACAUCAACUACCGCAAGCACAACAUUCCCCACUUCUGGCCCAAGCUGCUGAUGAAGGUGACGGACCUGCGCAUGAUCGGCGCGUGCCACGCCAGCCGCUUCCUGCACAUGAAGGUGGAGUGCCCCACCGAGCUCUUCCCGCCGCUCUUCCUGGAGGUCUUCGAGGACCAGGAGGUGUGACGGCGCGGCGGGGGAGGGGCGGCCCGCGGGGCUCCGCCUCCAGUCACCUGAGAACUGGAAACGACAAUAAGAAACAACACACCAGCAACGGGAGAGCCGGACCGCCGGCGCCUCCCCCCCCCCCCCCCCCCCCUGCCCGCCAGCCCCCUGCUGGGCGGGGCCCCCUGCUGGGCGGGGCCCCCUGCUGGGCGGGGCCCUUCUGUCUGAGCAUGAUGUCUUAUCCAGUCACAGCUGUAGCCAUUUGCCAAGACACACACACACAGGAACACACUCACACACACACACACCCCCCGCCAGUCAGCCUCCGCCUGCUCCACCCGCUGGGUCCGAGCGGCUCCUGGCCCCCCGGGGGCCCCCGGGCCCCCCAGACCCCCGGGGCCCCUGUGGCACCUCUCAGUAUUACUUCUGCUCCAGUGUUACGGCUCCAGGGCCGCAGUGGCGCCGGCCAAUCAGCAGACACUGCACAGUCCAACCUCAGCGUGGGGCGGGGCCAGGGCGGGGGCGGGGCCAGGGCGGGGCCGCCGCGCCUCGGUCCCCGUUUCAGCUCCGCUUCAGCGGCGAGCCAGGCCCACCGGUGCUAUAUUUAUACCACGCUACUCCACCCGCCACACAUCUACCUUCAUCUUUAUUUGUCAUCGGACCGGCUCCUGUGACGUGUAGCGCACACACACACACACACACACACACACACACACACACACACACACACACACACACACACACACACACACACACAUAUCAGCGGACCUGCCUGGUCAUUGCCGGUGCUGCUGGUUCCAGCAGGCGACCGUCUGAUGAAUGACAAAGAAGCCUUUUACUCUCGAGGAGGAGGAGGAGGAGGGGGGGGGAGGGGGGGAGGGGGGGGGAGGGCUGAGAGCAGGAGGAGCACAGACUGAUAGACAGGAAGUGGGAGAGAGAAACAGGAAGUAGAAUGUGAGGAGUUAAACUCCCACCAACCACCUGGAAGAGGGUCUAAAGAGCAGCAGCUAGCAGUGAGACAGCGACGCUCACACACACACACACACACACACACACACACACACACACACACACACACACACACACACACACACACACAGACACCUCAUCACCUCAGAGUAACGUGAAUGCCUCAUCUUACUGUAGAAGCAGCGGAGCCUGCGGGGUUUCCGGGCCCCCUCCUCACGGGCUCGGCUCAGUUUGGCCCCUCCAGGCUUCCAUACACAUUUUGCCUUUUUGUUUUUUCUUCGUUUUUUCGUUUGUUUUUGUUUUUAGUUGUUUGGUUGUCGUUGCGGGCGCCGCUGAGAGCAGGCGACAGCCGAGACGCCUCCAUUUACCUCAAAGCGUGGACACACCCCCGGCCGGGGCAGCAGGCCCCGCCCCCUGGGGCCCGGCUCUACCUCACCUCUGUAGACCCAGCCACACACACACAUACACACACACUCAUACACACACACAUCCUCAGUGCUAACCCUUGGUUGAAAUAAAUACCACUGAAGACAGGAGGGCCAGACCCCCCCCCCCCGACCCCCCCGGCCGGUGGUCCGUCACAUCCCGGUUCUAUGGGACCAAGCGUCACCUUUUCAAAUCUGGAUUUACCGGCAGAGACUCACAGAGACGGACAGACGGACGGGUGUGUGUCCAGCCCAGCUGACGCCCGGCCGGCGCGCCGCUAACGUGCACGCCGCUAACGUGCACGCCGCCGGCGGGUCAGUGUGUCUGUCAUGGACAGCUGUUUCAGGUGCAAAUGCAGGACAGAAACCGUUAGCAUGCUAGCAGUCCGCUGGGCGCCGGAGGCCACGCCCACCUCACGGCCACGCCCACCUCACGGCCACGCCCCCACUGACAGCAGAACCAGCCCAGGGAACCCCAGACAAGCAGCGGGUCUCACAGGCAGAACCACCGGGCCCAGGAAGAACCGACAGCCAAGCCUCAUGUGGAACCGUGGAGAACCGGACCGAGUCCAGUCCCCCCCCCCCCCAGACGCAGCAUAGCUGCGCCUCCAUCAGACCCCCCACCGACCGAGAUGACGGACCCGGCUCCGCCAUGCCGGACCGGGCCCCCCCCCCCCCGGACUGGGCGUCCGGCUGCUCUGUGUGACAGACCAGCUGGUCUCAGCGGGCUCAGCCCCAAACCUGUUUGACCGUCAGUAUUAGACCGACAAGUCCUGAAGAGUCCAGAGGGGGGCCGAGAGAGAACUGUGGAGCCCCCUGGGGGGCCGAGAGAGAACUGUGGAGCCCCCUGGGGGGCCGAGAGAGAACUGUGGAGCCCCCUGGGGGGCCGAGAGAGAACUGUGGAGCCCCCUGGGGGGCCGAGAGAGAACUGUGGAGCCCCCUGGGGGGCCGAGAGAGAACUGUGGAGCCCCCUGGGGGGCCGAGAGAGAACUGUGGAGCCCCCUGGGGGGCUUUGUAGCACUUAACCCAUCGUCCUUGCCUUAUUGUCUUCAGCCCCCUUCUCCUGGAAGCGCCCGACCCAAGUGCCCCCCCCCCCCCCAGUUCACCCCAGAACCACCAACUCCAAACCAGAUCUCUGCCCCCCCCAUGAGACAAGCCUGGCCUCGCCGCCCCCCCAGAGUGGCAACACCGAUUGAAUGUGAACGGCGAAGCAGAGUGAGAGAGAGGAAGCAGCGACCCCCCCCACGCCGACCCCCAUGGCCCCCCCGGCAGGAAACACCUCCACCUGACGGUGCGGAUCGGAUCCAGAUCCCACAUUCCAGAAGCGGGUCGGGAGCCGCUGACACAACCGUUCUGGGCUGGUUCUGACUGUGUGUGUGUGUGUGUGUGUGUGUGCGUGUGUGUGUGUGUGUGUGUGUGUGUGUGUGUGUGUGUGUGAGAGAGACCGUUGGGUUUUUAUGCUGCUUUACCUUCUGAGUCUGGUUUAGAUUAAGGAAAAAGCUCUAUGAAAAGAUUCUGAAUCCUGAAGAC